AUCACGUACUAUCAAGAUGACUCAGUUAGACUCGAGACACUACGAGAAAUGGCUCACAGCCCAAGCAAAAUCUAGACACCCUUCAGUUAUUAGAACUUUAUUCCCAUUAGAGAAUAAUCCGGGUAUUAUUUCUUUGUUGGCUGGUAAACCAAAUCCAGAAACUUUUCCUUUUGAAAAUAUUACUGUUACACUCAAACCAGUAUCGCCCGGCGCACCUCACCCAAAGCUUGAGCUUAAUGCAGGUCCAGAUUUAGCUGAAGCUCUUCAAUAUACCGCAACAGCUGGUUUACCUAGACUUCAUAAAUUUGUUACUGAGUUACAACAUCAUGUACACGGACGUGAACCAAUCAGUGGAGAGGAUGACUUUGGCAUCACUAUUACAAACGGUUCACAAGACGCUUUCACUAAGGCCUGUGCUGCAUUAAUAGAACAAGGUGACUAUGUGCUCAUAGAAUCACCUGUAUACACCGGUGCUAUCCCUGAAAUGACUAUCGCAGGUGCACAAUUCGUUGAAAUCGAUUGUGAUGGCCAAGGUAUGUCAGCUGAGAAGCUUUCAGAUGUUAUGGAGAAUUGGCCAGAAGAUAAGCCACGUCCAAAGUUAGUUUAUACCGUUCCAACGGGUAACAACCCAUCCGGUGCAUCUGCUGGUAAGCAGAGAAAAAUUGACAUUCUCAACUUGGCAAGAAAGCAUGACUUCUUGAUAUUGGAAGAUGAUCCAUACUACUUCCUUACAUUCGACGGUGGACGCGUGCCUUCAUACUUUGCAUUAGAGAAAGAAUUAGGCGGAGAAAGAGGAAGAGUACUUCGUUUGGAUUCAAUGAGUAAGGUUUUAUCAUCUGGUUUGAGAAUCGGUUGGGCAACUGGACCUAAGAGAUUAAUUCAAGCUAUGGAUUUACACACUUCAUCUGCAAAUCUUCAACCAAAUAGUACAUCACAAGCUAUUGUACAACAAUUGUUCAAUCACUGGGGCAUUGAAGGUCUCCUUGAUCAUGUAACAAGAGUUGCUGGCUUUUACCGCACCAAACGUGAUGCUUUUGAGAAAGCAGCUGAAAAGUACAUGGGCGAUAUCGCUACUUGGGUAACACCAAAAGCUGGUAUGUUCUUAUGGCUAAAGCUAGAUGUUGAGGAUAGCAAUGAGCUUAUACAAGAGAGGGCAAUAAAGAAUGGUGUCAUUGCUUUACCAGGCAAUGUAUUUUAUCCAACACCACGUCAAACACCAUACACGAGACUAAGUUACUCUAUGGCAUCUAUAGAAGAUGCAGAGGAAGCAUUCAGAAGAUUGAGAAAGACUGUUUUUGAAACCAAAGGCAUUCCGGAUCCAAAGGCACUUGAGAAUUAAACUAUUUGUACGCAUUUUUAUACAUUUAUAGACCAUAGAUUUU